AUGGCCCUCGGAGACUCAAAACCCUCCUCUGGAACGGAAUCUUCGAAGAAAAAUGCUCCCAUAAUGCCAAGUGGAAAGUCAAAUGUCGUGGCGCCAACUCUCAGUGAUGAUAAUCAUGUAGAGCUUGGGGAUAUGACACCUCCAGAACAGCCCGCAGCGGAUAUAAUGCAGCUCGCUCGGAUAGGAGACAUUCAAGCGGUAGAAAAGCUAUUCGAUGAUGGCACAUUUGAUGCUACUUAUAGUGACGGCGAGGGCAUAACACCUUUACAUUGGGCGGCUAUUAACAAUCAGUAUGCCAUGUGCCAAUUUCUCUUGAAAGCCGGCGCAGACGUGAACAAGAAAGGAGGAGAGUCUGUAGCUACACCGGCAAUGUGGGCUGCUCAAAGAUGCCAUUAUUAUAUCGUUCACCUAUUGCUGGAAAAUGGCGCUGAUCCUCUGAUCACGGAUGUCCAAGGAUACAAUAUUCUUCACUUGGCUACAUUCGAGGGGAAUAUAUUUCUGCUCGUUCUUCUUCUACAUCAAAACAUUAAUGUCGACGUGCUUGAUAGCCAGCGACAUACUUGUUUAAUGUGGGCGGCGUAUAAGGGAUUACCGAGUUGCGUAGAUUUGUUCUUGAGAUGGGGUGCUGAUGUUCAUGCCACGGAUGAAACUGGAUUCACCGCACUACAUUGGGCUUUGGUAAAGGGAUCUCAGGGAUGCAUACAAAAAUUAAUUGAAUACGGAGCGGAUAGAUUUGCCGAAACCUCGACUGGCAAAACCCCAGCCAUCACAGCACAGGAGAUGAAGACGGAAAGAAUUUGGCACAAAGCUCUCACAGAGUGCGGCUACGACGAGGAUGCCAAGCCGGUUCUUAUCAGCUUUCCCAUGUCAUCAUGGCUGUUAAAGGAUAAACGCGCAUUCAUGAACAAAUUCUUCUUUUUAUGGCCAUUUCUAAUUCUUUGGACGAUGAUCAUGAUCAGUAGUCAGAUGGUAAUAUUUAUUGGUGUGCCCAUGGCGUUGUUCUUUGGGUAUUCAUUACAAUGGUUGGCCCAGCAGGUAUUAGAGUAUGCGCCUUCAGAUAUGAAGCAUUUACAUAAAACGCCUUGGCUUGCAGGAAUCUUUUCUGCUACCUUAUUUUGGGUUGGUGUCAGAUGGAUGACAACUUUGUUACCGGCUACCUAUGGCACUUAUCCGCUCUCCAACCUGUUAUUUUUCACCUUUUACAGUCUUACGGGAUAUUUCUACUUUUGUUCAAUGAUGUACGAGCCAGGUCAUGUUCCAAAGCUGGGCGGUUUGACCCAGCAAAAGGCUGUAAUUGAUGAAUUAUUAAGUGUGUGGAAGUUUGAUGAGCAAAAUUUCUGUGUUCAUUGCAUGGUUCGCCAGCCACUGAGAAGUAAGCAUUGCAGAAGAUGCAACCGAUGCGUAGCGAAGCAUGACCAUCAUUGUCCUUGGAUUAACAACUGUGUCGGUAUCAAUAAUCAUAGACAUUUCUUCCUCUAUCUCGUGUGCCUAGAACUCGGGAUUAUCUUCUUAGUUAGAGUUGCUAUCGGAUACUUUGAAGGCUUCGUUGGAAAGGGCGAGCAGGAGUGCAACUUUCUUUCACCUACACUAUGUGGGAUUGUUAAUUCGGAUUCUUACACUUUAGUGUUGGUAUUAUGGGCAAUCUUGCAACUGACAUGGGUUACUAUGUUACUAUUCGUCCAAUUGAUCCAGAUCUCAAGAGCCAUGACCACCUGGGAAAACAUGCGCGGUACACACGCCGGAGGCAAAACUUCUCAGGCUAUUACGAAUGCUCUCACUACUGGCGCUACAUCAAGAUCAGGCGGUCAAGUCGGAAAUGCUGGACUUGGUCCCGACCCCGCCUUACCACCAACCCACGCACCGGGUGGUCACGGCCAUCAUCACGCUCAUAAAGCCGGCUGUUUCGCACAGUGGAAGAAAAUUCUCGGUGUUGACACAUUCGUGGAAACCGCUUUUCAUGGCUAUGAAGGAAGCAAAAACCGACGCCGGGCACCUCAAAAUCCUUUCUCCCGUGGUUGCAUCGGAAACUGUAAAGAUUUCUGGUGUGAUCCAGCGCCGGUUUUUGGGAAGAGAGAAAAUGGUGCAGCGAUGUUGGGGGGUCAGGUAGUUAAUUAUACGAAAAUGUAUGAGACGCCUUCGAGAAUGGAGAUGAGGAGGGGUGGAGAUGAUGGUGGAGCUUAUGAAAGUGUGGCAGCCGAUGAGGCGGUUUAG